AUGCCGUCGGCAACCAUCGCCUCUACGGGGCCUCGCCCCCGCAAGGGUACCUUCCAAGAGAUCCCCGUCUCGUCCACCUCCCACCCCGAUAAUCCGAUUCCUGAAGAACCACGCGGAGUCAGAUCGUUGUCCGUGACAGACAUGAACUUCAAUGUCUCGUCCCAAGGAAGCUCCGAUACAACCGGCUCGAACUCCCCCGCCACCCCCGCCACUCCAAUCACACCACCCGAUUCUCUGAGCGAAAAAGAGCUUGAGGAGACCAAUGGCCGUCGCCGUCGAGCCUCGACCAUUCUGAUCUCCCAGAACUCGGAGGAUAUGAGAAGAGUGCUGGAGAAUGUCGGCACAGGUGGUACUCAGAAGAUCCAGUCUUCAUGCUGUGGUGGCGGUUGCUGCCGAGGACAGAAAUUGCGGCCGGUGGAUGGUCCGAUUUCGGGCUUCAAUUCGAUCACUCCUCCCGAUAACAAGGCAUUUGCUAGCUUGGGGUUGACCUUGAAUCUCCUCACGCUGGAUAGUGACCUCUCCAACAUUGCCACCCUCCCGGAGAAAACGGUAGCACCCCCCUCAUUCGUGCAGCCCCAUCCUCCUUAUGACGUUUAUCGGGCUCCUCUUCACCAUGCUCGUGAAUUGACUAAGAGUGGUGCAGAGAAGCGCACCUAUCACUUUGAUAUCGAUGUCACCGAUUACCCUGCCGAGAGCGGUAUGGUGGAUUUCGUCGUUGGCGGCGCGAUUGGCGUAUGCCCCAUGAACAAGCCUGAGGAGGUUGAGGAUGUAUUGAAUAAGUUGUGUGUGCCCAAGUCGCUGCGAGACAAGAAGGUUCUCAUGCGCACAACCAAGGGCCGCUGGCCCACCAUCUGGGGCGACGACAAGCCCCGCGAGCUGGUUACCACAAGACGCGAGGUCCUGAGCUGGUGCUCAGAUAUCCAGAGUUACGCCCCAUCUAAGCAGCUGUUCAGACUCCUGGCAGAGUACACCAGCGAGGAGAACGAGAAGAAGAUUCUGGAGUUCCUCUCGUCCGCCCAGGGCCAGGGCGCUUUCUGUGAACUUCGCACCAACUCUCACAUCAGCUUGUCCCAGCUGCUCCAUGCCUUCCCCUCAUCUCAGCCUCCUUUGGACCACCUUCUCUCCGUGCUCAACACUCUUAUGCCCCGCUUCUAUUCUCUUUCUCAGGAUCCCCAGAUCUCCUGCCAAUUCAAGGGCACCGAAUGCCGCCGGCUAGUCGAAGUCGCCGUGACAGUCGCCGACUCCGACGAUUGGAAGGGCGGCAUGCGCACCGGUGUGAGCUCCGGCUACCUUGAGCAACUCGCUCGGCGCGCAAUUGCCGCCGAGGCAGCUGGAGAGAAGCACGACAUCCACAUUCCCAUGUUCCGCGGUCUGAUGGCCAACCCUCUCGCCACACGAUUUGCCUCUGAUGGACCCAUGCUCCUGAUCGGCGCCGGUGUCGGUAUCGCUCCCUUCCGUGGAUUCGUCCAGCGGCGUCUGCAGUCCGCCAACUGCGCCAACAAGGUGUGGGUGCUCCAGGGUGUGCGUGACUCCCUGCUUGAUGAGCUGUAUAGUGGUGAAUGGGGUGUCCACGAGGACAAGGUUCGCACUGUCGUGCAGAGCCGUCGUGGCGAGAGUCGCUAUGUCCAGGAGGAGGUCCGCCACCAGGCUGAUCUGGUCUGGUAUGUGAUCAACGCCCUUGAUGGCCGUGUCUUUGUCUGCGGUAGUGGCAAGGGCAUGGGUGAGGGUGUUGAGGCUGCUCUUGUCGAGGUUGCGAUGGCAAAGGGUAACUUGAACUCUCAGGAAGCUGAGCUGUUCUGGACACGCAAGAAGGAGGCUGGUCAGUACAUUGCUGAAACUUGGUAA